AUGGCACAAACUAUGAGUGAGCGUAUGAAACGAAGGAGGCUGAAUGAUACAGCAGACAGUAUAUGUGGAAGAAAUGUCUCCUAUGAUUCAGUCUCAGAAGAAGAAAAGAAGUCCUGGAAUGGCUUCUGCGAGCUGGAAUCUGAGCCAGCUCUUUUCAAUGUAAUGCUCCGCAACUUUGGUGUCAGGGGCGUCAAAGUUCAGGAAGUUGUCUCAUUAGAUGAUGAACUUCUCGCCUGUCUGAAUAAACCUGUUUACGGCUUUAUAUUCCUGUUCCGCUGGCGAGAGGAUGAUCCGGAUAAGCAGGAGGCUAGUUGCCCUGAAGGGCUUUGGUUUGCAAAUCAGACCGCGAACAAUGCAUGUGCAAGCGUUGCUCUCUUGAACAUUGUCAACAACAUCGAGGGUAUUGAUCUUGGGGAGAAUCUCCGAAGCUUCAAGAACUUUACGAUGCCGUUUACACCCGCUUUAAGGGGAGAUGCAAUCAACAAUUUCGAAUUUGUGAAAGAGGUACACAACUCUUUUGCUAGGAGGAUGGAUAUACUGAAUUCUGAUUUACAACUCAAAUACGAAGCCGAAUCUAGGCGUAAUAGGUCGACUAAGCGCGGCCGUGAAGAGCAUGAGCCUGAUGCAGGGUUUCAUUUCAUUGCCUUUGUUCCUGCCUUAGGAAAGGUGUGGAAGUUUGAUGGUUUGGAACGCCAACCUCAGGUUCUCGGAAUAUUCGACCCAGACAGCGACUGGUUAGACUUAGUAAAGCCGAAUAUACGCGCCAGGAUGGAAGGGUAUGAAGAAGAUCAGAUCGAAUUCUCAAUUCUAAGCCUUGUUCGUGAUCCCCUUCCUGGCCUUGUCAAUGAAUUGGCUGUGAAUAUCAAACAGCUACAAAAGAUUGAAAGGGCUAUAACUUCACGCGAGCGGGAAAACACCGGCGUCGGACCGGGGGUCAUGGCUGAAAAUACGCUUUUGGAGCCCGACGUGUCCUACGAAGUGACUGAAAAAUCUAUUAAUGAAGCAGCCAUGCCUGCGGGGAAAGAGUGUUCAGAAUAUUCAACAGACGAACUAGAGCAACACUGCAGAGAUCUGAGCAGAUUGCAGCUGGAGCUUCGGGCGACCAUACGAGAGGAACAGCAAUUGCAGCGGGCAGAUGAUGAUUAUUCUGCGGGGAGGAGAUAUGAUUAUGGGCCAGCAAUAAGGACAUGGCUACGCUUCUUGGCGCGCAAGCGAUUCAUCGAAGACCUGAUUCCAAGGUUGAAGGAGUAG